GCCAUUGUGGGCGUAUGUAAUUAUGGCGGUGGCAGGUUUGAUUUCGCUGUUCGUAAUUGUUCUUUUGUUGAUUUGGAUACUCGUUAUAAAAUAUCAGAUGAAAGCAAACAAAACAGCAAGAACAAACAGCGUUGCAAAGCCCAAUUAUCCAAACGAAAUCGUCUACAGCGAGCCAAGCGUGGUACAUGCGACCGCCUCAAGUCAGUGUUAUGCCAAUCAGACUGAUACCCUGCAGCUGAAAGAAGUAACCACGUGCAAUCCUUACGACGAGCUGACUCAAGUUCAACACCUCGAUCUCACUGACGGUAUCGAGUAUGCUACUGUUCCUAAUAUACAGGAGGUGAAGCGUCAAGAAGCGGUUAUGAAUGGGACUCUUUCUUCUGAAUCGGAUCGUCAAGAUACGAAAACUAGAAACGAAUUUCUAAAAUUUUCGACUAUUCCACCAGAAGCUGCAUACGACCAGCCAAACAACUCCCUCGGCACACGAGACUCACAUUACGUCAACCGCAGCUUCAUAAACACACUAAACAACAGGAACCAGAAUAAUGAAGAAUCAUCCGACUACAGCCACCUGACAGGUACAGAUGUAGACACUUCCAGAGAUACCGGCUGUGCAGCAGCAUCGACCACUAACUACAUGCGGAUGCACGAUUUUUCAACAGCAAACACCGCUCUCGAUGUUUCGACUUUACCUGAAAAGCCAAAUGAGUCCAACAAGGAGGUUGUCUACGCUGAACUAAUCGCAAACGCAGAAAAGCGAUCUAAUGCUACGGUCUCUUCCCAGGAUUCUGUGAAAUACGCUGCAAUCAAGCCAGGCAGCAGUUGAGAGCGGCGGGCGACAGUCGCUUGUCAUCGUCAUUCCGAACAAUUAAUAUGGUGUACGCAAAAUUAUUUGAAAACAACAAAGAAGACACGUGUCUCCUGCAUGUAAAUUUCGAAUGCUUUGCGAACGAUAUAUUCCAUUAGUUGUUUUAGUUAUUCACGGCAAAGUAUGUCGUUUUGCACAAUGUAUGUAUUUGUCAAUCAUUGCGGAAUAAUAUUGACGUGAUAGUA